AUGGCGAACGAGACACAACAGCAAGAGGUGAUUCAGCCAGACGAGUGUUGGAAGAAUGACGGCGUAGACGGCAAGGUCGAAGAUGGCCGGGUAUACGCCGUCUACGGCACGGAAGGUGCCCCUCUGCCCUCGCCAUGGGCGGCAUGCGGGGAGGGGCUGCGCGCCCCUUCGCGGAUGCUGACGGCCCCCCGAGCGCGUUACUGGAAGGACCAGCGGCGGAAGCUGAUCGACGCGUUCGAGAUACAGAACCUGCUGACGGGGCUGAGCGGCACGGUGACGCGACUGUUCUCCAGGGCGCUCUCAUGGUCGCCUGACUACGUGGCGUAUGCGCGGAAACGGGCGGGCCCCGGGACGUUGGGAGGCCUGGAUGCUCACAACCAGAGACUGACCCAAUGCCUCCGGCGACUUGAGCGGCGGAUGGGCUUCAGCGGCAGUAUUCUGGCGUUGUUUAGGAGCGUGAUCGAAUACCUGGCGACCAUGAUCCUCAACACUCCCUGCUGA